AUUCAAUGCAGUUCGUUUCUUCACACUCUAUUGCAACCUUGACUUUCGGCGUUCACACGGACUUAUUCCUUUGAUGUCGCUUCUCCUUGGUCAAGGCAUGGUUGCUUGCUUUCUUGUGUUCCUCGUAUUCUUAUCCCAAAGUUUUUCAGUCAGUUACCUGAAGUUCGAGAAAAUAAAUGGAGCAUCUGAGGAAUCUUUAAUUUUUCUGAAUGACGCUAAUCCAACAGCUCUUCUUGAUGCUUCAGCAAAUACUCAAAGGAUAGUUUAUUUUGCACAAAAAAGCCCACCAUUGGGUUUAAAGUUGAAUUUUGCUUGUCAUGUCAAUAAACAAGCGAAACCUUUGGAUAAAGUGUCUUUAUGCUGCCGCAGUAGUGUGAAAGAUACCAAACGUACUUGUGUUCAGCCAGAGGCUGAAGGUACAUUUUCCUGUUUAAAUACUGAGUUUCGCUUCAGUGUUGACGAAACGACGGGGGCAAUUUUCUCAAUUUCUUUAACACAAGAUGGUCCCCUGAGCAAUCCAAUCAGCGGACUGUUUUCAUGUAUUGUCGGUACAGACGAACUCAAUGUUAUUGAAUCAAAUGAAAUAGAAAUACGAGAUGCUGUAUUUUACAUUCUUCAACUAAAGGGUACUCCGUCUACAAAGAUAGAUGUCGUUCCACCAAUAUCAGAAUUUCCGCAUGAGUUAAGGUGUGUAGAUGAUAUCAGCAUUGUAUCACGCUGGCCAUACUGGAUGCACCAACUAGAUGGCAGAUACGGACCAUACAGAUGGGAAUAUUGUCUGACUACAGGGAAACCAAAUGCCAUUACGUGUUCUAAAAGGCCCAUGCAGUUUUCUCCCAAUUCUAUUGUCGAAUUUAUAAAUGGGAGCGUGUAUCUCACUGAUGCACCCCUGGUUGAGUCGAAGUCGAUAGCUAUCGUGUGUAAGCAUGUUGGACAACUUGGACCUAUUAGGACUUUUGCUGGAAAAGUUGCCGGUACUGAAUCCCCUGUGGUCCUUGAAGGUCUUUCAAUCGAGAAGAAUAGGAAUUCCAGUACUACUAAACUAUAUCCUUUAACGUCACUAACAUCAAGUUAUGUCAUCAAUAAAGGUACCAAACUUCAAGACUUUAUGCUUAAAGCUUUAUAUCGACAACCUCAAGGGGACUAUGAAUUUCAUUGGUUCAAGGAUGAGCAGAUGUUACACAGCAGGAUUGCGACAAAAUACAGUUAUACACUUCCUAGUCUUAUUGAUGAGUCUGUAUCAGGAGUUUACUCACUCGUUGUGAAAUCGAAUGAGGAUAUUUCCGAUAGGUUAAUAUUCACCUACGAUGUUAAAGUCGUUUCACCUCCUUUCUUUAAGGAUCCAAGAUGUUUGAAAGAACUGUUUUACGUAAUGGAAGGGAAUAACUUCGGCUCUGUUUGUGAGUUUGAUGGCAGGUGGAAUACAGUUGUAUUUGUCGGUGUGGCUUCGUUUGAAGCAUCUACGUAUCAAGAACUUCGCAUGUCUAUUGAUAAGAAUCUCAAGUACUCAAAGCAACAACUUUCCCAGUUGGAUAUUAUUUUUCAUGUAGAUGGAGAAGAAAUGAAUAAAAGAAUUACAGUUAACAUUACAAAACUUAAACUUAAUCAGGAUUGUGAACUAUCUAUUCGUUUAAAUUCUAUAUACGGUCAGUCACGCAUAUCGACGUCACUUAAAGUUGUUCCUAAGCCUCAACUCACAAUAUCACCUUCCGAUGAAAAUUGCAUAAAAAACUGUGAUGAAACUCCGUACAAUGUUUCUUGUGCACUAAAUGAAAAUAUUGUUCAAGAAUGGAAAUCAAAGUUUAAUAUAGAACCAUCUAUUGAUUGGAUCAUUCAGAAUCACUGGACCAAAGCACAUUUGGAAUCUACUGGUUUAGGACAAUUUAUAACUUCUAAUGGUGAACAUGAUACAACCCUAACAGUAUGGCCAGUAGGUAAACCAAUUCCUUUUAUUGUUAAACAUGAAGAAAAUAACAACAAACGACCAAAAGAAGAAUCUGGGAUAGAGGAAGAAGAAGAAGCAAUAGAGAAGGAGAUAAUGAACUUGGACACUGAAGAUGAACCUGUUCAGAUACCUAGUACGACGACACUAAAACAAUUUCUUGCACAAAAAAUAGGCGGAUCUGAAGCUCAGCCGCCGAAAGAUCUUAUUUUAAGCUGUUGGAUUCGUUUAUCGGUUAUUGGUAAAGAAGCUGAAUUUGAAAUACCAAAUGGAUUAGUAUCACAUCAGUCAUUUGCACGUCAAGCUCAAUUUGCACAAUCUUCUGGUAUAAAUCGUUUAAUCUAUGAUUCCCGAUGGGAAACAGACACUGAACUAGCGAAACGAUUAACCGCUGUUCGUACAUUUACUCCUGAUAUGAUACCUGCAACUGCUGGUCUCGCAUGGAUUGCAGCUGUGAUUAUCGGUGUAAUUAUUUUUAUAGUUGUGAUUGCAUCAAGUAUAUGGUUGUGUACACGUGAUCGUGGUGAAACUUACAUGGUAUAUGAUAAGGAACGUGCACAUGGAAAUGAUCCAAUACAAGAACUGAAAGAAAAAGAAACAUUUCAGACAUUUCAAAGACAAGAGGAACCAAGAAUUGCAACGAGUCGUUAUUCUUUAAAUGAUGGCAGUGUACGUUUCGAAAGUGAAGAUGACGGGGAAUUAGAUGAAUAUGCAGGUGGUCCACAAACGCAUCCAUUACUUACAACAACAAUAUCUGCACAGCAGGAAUUGCAGCAUCAAAUAAACUCAAAUCAUUAGUUAUGCGAUUAAAUAUCAGUUAGUGAAGUCAUUAUGUCCUUUUGAUGAUCAUCGUAAUUGGAUGACUACGUGUAAUUUAUAAUGUCUAUCUAUAUAAUACUACAUAAACCGAUAAUUUUAAUGAAGAAGCAUCAUUUCUUGGUCAAUACUCUGGUAAUCGUGCAAUAUCUAAAAAAUCUAUUCAUCAUAUGAGAGAAGCUUCACCAGAAUUAUCAACUAUUGGCAUUUUUAAUACAACUACUAAUACUACUGCUACUACUACUACUACUAAUACUAGUGAUAAUUCUGAUCUAUUACAUCAUACUGCUGCUAUGUCUACUACUCCUAACAACCAACCUAUUCAUUUUAUCACUCGUGAAAAUCAUCAAACUGCUGUGUAGUUCCAUUCCGCUCCAUUCAAUUCAAUUCAGUAUACUCAUUUACAUGUUAUUCAUUUCUCCUGGGUUUUUUUUUUAAUAAGCCAAACCAACACAAUCACUGCUGAAGUAUUAAUUAUUCAUUUAAUACUAAAAAUUAUUAACCAUUGAAGUGCUUUUAACCAAAAUCAUAUUUCUAGCUUUCUAUAUCUUUUUUUAAAAAAAAUAUCAUCUAUCGAUAUAACAUUAUUACACUUUGUAUUCCUGUCUCCUGAUGUUACUUGAAGUUACCAUGUUAAUCUAUUAGUCACCUACUACUCAUCUUUAUCUUUGUUGUAUUUCUUAUUCACACAUUUGUAUAUUAUCCUUUAAUAGACUUUUUCUAUUAACUAUCUCCCCUUCCCCUUAUGUUUCUAUUCCAUAAUUGAUUAUCACUGAUAUCAUCAUUAUUGGCUAUCAGAUCAUUAAUACAACGAGUUGACAAAUUAUCCCACCCCGUCCCUCCCUCCCUCCCCAAACAUACACACACACACUGUGUUUGUAUAUGGUUGUAUGCUGAUUUCUUAUCGUCAUACAACAAAAUAGACACCAUAGCAUUGUAAUAUUAGUAGUAUAGAUAUGUAUUAUUCAUAUUUUAAUGUUUCUUAUCCUUUAAUACAAUUGUGAAUUCUAUUUUAGAAUUAAAAUCACGACCUCUCUAUAUUUGUGUUUGUAACAUUGAAAUUUUUUGUUUCUGCCUUGUUAUAUGUUGUCAUAUAUUGAUAGGAUUAUCUAAUCAUAGUUUUAAUUGUGGAUCUAUCUCUAUUCCUACGAUCCGUGUCAUUUCGACUAUUUCCCUUCUUUUUUUGUUGUUGUAUUUAAUCAGAAACAAAACAACACAAAUACAUAAAUCAUGGUAAUUUUUUUUCUAUGCAUUACCGCUUGCAAAAUAAUGAUGUAAUACACAUAACUGGCUGCAUAUUUAAAUUGGCUUUAUUAUCUAUCACUACUCCAUCUUUUUUUCCCUACCUUAUGGUGUUCUUCCAUUCGGUUGAUUACACUAGUGCUACCACUAUUCUGGUUGUGAGCAUAUUUAUAUAUAUAUAUAUAUAUAUAUGUAUAUAUAUAUAUAUAUGUGCAUGUAUGAGCUUAUCACGAGUCUGCAUUGAAUUGUGUUUAGUUUUUACUAUUUCUCAUAUUCUCCUAUUUUGUAAUUUUUUUUAUCUCCCCUAAUUUCCAAACCUUGAAGAAAAAACACUAUACACAGCUAUCUCCCAUGAACGUUUUGUUAUGAAGAUCCAUCUUUUUUAUAUACAAAAAUAUAUUGUUAACAUGAUUACUAA